AUGAUUGUAUUAUUGUGCGUUGAUAGGUUUACAUUUAAAUCGGUUUAUAAAAGGGGUAUUUCGUCGUUACAUUUUUCAAGGGGGCCGGACUUUAGGGGGGUCGGAGAUGUGGAGCCCAACGUUACAAAGUACGCGGCGCCAGCGCGGGCUGGGCCGGAUAAGCUGCGGGGCCUCCCGCCUACAUUUGUGGACGUCGGGGGACUGGAUUUGUUCCGCCAAGAUAUUACCAAGUUUGUAGCCGCGCUGGCCACCGCCGGCGUUGACGUCGAGUUCCACCAUUACUCGGGGCUUCCACACGGCGUUGAAAUGAUGGCGCCGGGGAUCAGCAAAGCUAUUGCCAUGAAUAAGAAUACCUGCAGAUUCAUUUGUAGAUUUUAG